AUGCGCCUCGACACAUGGUACAUCCUCACUGACAGAAUUUAUGAUCGACAGGUACAAGCUACUCUCAUGCCGAGAGGAAGGAGAUUUUACUGGCUGGAGACAGGAAGUAAACAAGAGUACGAUGUAAAAGCAGAAUCAGUGCUCAAAUGGUUCAAAGAAUUAAAGUUCGACUGGGUUGAUCAAGUAGAGCAACUCGAAAAAGGAAAUAAGGCACUGAAGGAAAAGAGUCAAAAACAAAUCGAAUGUAAGCAGUUGGAUUGGAGUGCUCAAACUGAGGGAACAGCCGAUGGCGAUCGGAAUGAGCACAAGGAACAAGGGAGUAAUCGCCAUGAAGAAAAGGAACAGAGGAAGGAAAAACUUCCAAAGCAGAACGAUGAGACAAUGGAUUGGAUGGCUUCAACUCACCAUAAAGAGAGAUGA